AUGACUAGAAAUCCUUUUGUAGCAGAUGCUUCUGGAGCUUCUCCUAUUAGGUCUCCUCGUAAACCAAAUUUGACAAGGUUUUCUACCCAUAGCAGUGAAGAGAUACCUCAAUGGAAUUCAAGAGUCCAAGAAGACCCGUUCGUUGAUGAAUCUGAAUUUGACCAUUCUCACAGAUUCCAAGGUUUGCCUCAAUCUCCAUCAAAGGCUGCAUUAAGAUACUCCCCUGAACGUCGUCAAAGAAAUCAAUUUUACAGGGAUAGCACACAUAACACGCCAGUUGCUAAUAGAUAUUUAGCAAAUUUGCAACAAUCACCAACUAGACCUACAGAUGCGGUAAUUGAAAUGGAAAAGGAUUAUUAUGGAGAUGAUAUUGAGGAAAUUACUAAUAGUUAUUUGCGUGAAGAUACCAGGACUUCUAAUAACUUAUUUGGUAAUGUUAGCAGAACCUAUACUCAAUAUUCAGCUUCAAUGGCUUCAACGGCGGCUGUCUCAUAUAUGUCAGAUGAAAAAAUGAGGAAAUCCUUUGAUAGUGAAAAGGACAGUAUUUUCUCCGGUGACACCUUUGGUGAAACCAAAUUCCAAUUGAACCAUCCUGUUCGUCGUGAUUAUGUCAGACGUGCUAAUUCUGAGAGUAAAAGAAGGACGAUGACAAAUGCUCCAACUAAUAAAGCUAUUCUAAAAUUGGAUAAUCCAAUUCCAAGAGGUUUACUAGAUUCUUUACCAAGAAGAAGUUCACCUGAAUUUACAGAGAUGAGAUAUACUGCUUGUACAGUAGAAUCUGAUGAUUUUGCUAGUGAAGGAUACUCAUUAAGAUUUGCUGAAAUGAAUAGAGAAUGUCAAAUUGUAGUAUGUGUUACAAUGUAUAACGAAGAUAAAUAUGCUUUGGCAAGAACAUUACAUUCUAUUAUGAGAAAUGUUGCACAUUUAUGUAAACGUGAAAAAUCCCAUGUAUGGGGUCCUAAUGGAUGGAAAAAAGUUUCUGUCAUUUUGAUUAGUGAUGGUAGAGCUAAAGUUAAUCAAGGAUCUUUGGAUUAUUUGGCUGCACUAGGUGUUUAUCAAGAGGAUAUGGCAAAAGCAUCAGUUAACGGGGAAUCCGUCAAAGCACAUAUAUUCGAGUUGACAACCCAAUUAUCGAUCAAUGCUGAACUAGAUUAUGUCUCUGAGGAUAUUGUUCCAGUACAAUUGAUAUUUUGUUUAAAAGAAGAAAAUAAGAAGAAAAUUAAUUCUCAUCGUUGGUUGUUUAAUUCUUUCUGUCCUGUUCUACAGCCAAAUGUUGUUAUGUUGGUAGAUGUUGGUACACAACUGAAUGAUACUGCCGUCUAUCACUUAUGGAAAGCUUUUGAUUUGGAUUCUAAUGUUGCAGGCGCAGCUGGUCAAAUUAUUGCUAUGAAAGGUAAACAUGGUAAAAAGCUUCUAAACCCAUUAGUUGCAUCUCAAAAUUUUGAAUAUAAGAUUUCAAAUAUUUUAGAUAAACCUUUAGAAAGUACAUUUGGUUAUAUAUCCGUCUUACCAGGUGCAUUAUCCGCCUAUAGGUAUCGUGCAUUACAAAACCAUGAAGAUGGUACUGGUCCACUGAAUUCAUACUUUUUGGGUGAAAGUCUUGAAGGUAGAAACGAAAACGUCUUUACCGCUAACAUGUAUCUAGCAGAAGAUAGAAUUUUAUGUUGGGAAUUAGUUGCAAAAAGGGAUUCUAGUUGGGUGUUAAAGUAUGUUAAAGAAGCUAAGGGUGAAACGGAUGUUCCGGAAGAUAUUCCGGAAUUUAUAUCACAAAGAAGACGUUGGUUAAACGGUGCCACCUUUGCUGCUUUGUAUGCACAACUUCAUUUUUAUCAAAUUUGGGAAACUAAUCAUUCAUUUUUACGUAAGAUAUUUCUCCAUGUUGAGUUCUUCUACCAAUUUGUUCAAAUGUUGUUUUCAUGGUUCGCUAUUAGUAAUUUCGUUUUAACUUUUUACUAUCUAGCAGGCUCUUUAAAUCAUACCAUAAAACAUGGUGUGGUACUUUUCAUCUUCUUCAAGUAUUUGAUAUUCUGUGAUUUAGCAUGUUUGUUCAUUAUUUCAAUGGGUAACAGACCACAAGGUGGUAAAUAUUUAUUCAUCACAUCCAUUUGUAUAUUGACUGUGUGUGCAUUAUAUGCUUUGAUAUGUGGAUUUGUUUUUGCAUUUAAGACAUUGGCCUCUCACACUGAAAGCUACUCGGCAUUUGUCAACAUUGUUGUUUCAUUGUUGUCUACCUAUGGUCUAUAUACAUUUGCUUCCGUAAUGUAUCUAGAUCCAUGGCAUAUGAUUACUUCUUCUGUCCAAUAUUUUGCAACAUUACCAGCAUUUACCUGUACUUUACAAAUUUUUGCCUUUUGUAAUACACAUGAUGUUUCCUGGGGUACCAAAGGUUCCACUCAAGUAUCAAAACCAUUAUCAAAUGCUAUUGUUGUUCAAGGUCCAGAUGGGAAGCAAAUUGUUGAAACUGAUUGGCCUCAGGAAGUUGAUAAGAAGUACAUUGAAAUUAAAAGUCGUUUGAAGGAAGUUGAAGUGAAAGAAGAAGUUGUUGAUAAAGUUCAAAAGAAGAAUGAUUAUUAUAGAGAUAUCAGAACAAGAAUUGUCAUGUUUUGGUUACUUUCAAACUUAAUUUUAAUCAUGGCAAUUAUAGAAGUUUAUUCCCCUGACGACACAAACAAUAAAUACCUACAGUUCAUUUUAUGGUCUGUUGCAGCUUUAGCAUUGUUCAGAGUAACUGGUUCGAUGGCUUUCUUAUUUGUGAAAUACUUGCGUGCGAUCGUUAGUUAUUUUAACAAGAGAGAAAUAUCUGACAGUUCAAGAAAUUGGAAGAUACCAGAAAUCAAAAUCUUCAGCAAAUCUGGUUAA